GAUGGUACAGAGUCAUGUGAUGUUGUUAGCCGGGAUUGAAUCUGAGAGGUUCUGCUGCGUCUCUUGUGAGUGCUAAGGCUAAGUGCUCUCUCCAGAGAAAGGACUAGUCCAAUUUCACUGCUCAAGAAAACAUCCAAGGACCCAGAAUGUCUUACGGAUCCAUUGACGCUGGCUCUAUUGGAAGCAGAAAUCCAUUUGGUGGGCCCUCAAGGCAGGGCUACCAGCCUGUAGCUACGCAGGUUAGCCCUUCAGAGCUGCAAGAUGUGUUCCAGGAAACCUCCUCUAAUAUCUUUCAAAUCAAUGCAAAUGUGGUAACACUAGAGAAGAGCCUUCAAUCAUUGGGCACAUCCAGAGACACAGCAGAGCUACGACAGAGUUUACAUUCCACACAGCAGCAAACCAAUAAAGUCAUAACAAGCACAAGCCAACUCGUUAAACAACUCACUGACAUCAUCAGCGGAUCUUCACGGCAAGACAGGCUCCGUCUGACGAGGCUUAAAACAGAGCUGUCGGAUUCCGUGCAGCGAUAUGGAGACCUGCAGACGAAAAUUGCAGAUCGUUCGAGGGCCUUGCUUCCUCCGGCACAAAAGGACAGGAAACAGAGUGCGCAGACUCCUUUCAGUGAGCUGGUUGAGGAGGGAGCGUUGUUUGGAGUAGGAGAGAGCUUGGAGGGUGAUAGUCAAGCGUUCCUGUCGGAAAUCAGUGAAGAAGAUGUGGAGAUCCUGAGGCAGAGAGAAGAAGCACUUCUGCAGAUUGAGAGAGACAUUCUGGACGUUAAUCAGAUUAUGAAGGACUUGGCCAGCAUGGUGCAUGAACAAGGAGACACCAUAGACAGUAUUGAAGACUAUAUUCAGACCACAUCAUCAAAUGUGGAAUCAGCCAAUCAGGAGCUCGCAAAAGCCAGUCAAUAUCAGAGGCAGCUAAGGAAGAGGAAGUGUUAUCUUCUUAUUGCUGGAGUGCUACUUCUGACUUUGCUUAUCAUCAUUAUUGCAGUCUCAGCCAGAAAAUAAGAGCAACUACACAGAGAUCUGUGUUCCCACUCUUCAGUGAUCUCCCUUCAGCUUCCCACAGAAAGGAGAGUCCAUACUUCGAGGUGUCCACCUGCGCUCACUUACUCUCUUCUUCCUAUCUCUGUCUAUAUUUCUGUUGGAUUGUGUGCUUUCUCUGUGUAUGCAUGUGUGGAAAUGUGGGUGUUUGUGAAUGUCAUUAAAAGAGUCUAUUUUUAAUCAGUGCUUUGUACAGUAAUGUGCAAUUAAUUGCUCCUUACCUCUUCAAAGUGGACUCAAAUCAAAUUACAAAAACAAAUAGACAUUGCUGUGGGCUUUUAUGCCAAUGUUAUACAUGUUUUUCUUUAUUUAAUCUAGCUCUCAUGUUAAUAUUUAAUCAUCAACCCAUGUUGAUGUUUUGCUACUUAUUCACACUGUGCCCCAAAAUACAAGUGUACAUGUAUUUUUCUAGGGUGCAAUUAUAUAAUCUGUGACAAAACCAUGUAAUGUUGACAUUCUUUUCAGGAACACUAUUUGAAGGCAAUUUCUUUGUUAUAAAGAAUAUAUUGUAAUCUGCUGUCUAUGUUUACUAAAAAUUGGUAUUAUGAACUGACAUUGAAUGUGGCAGGAAGUAGCUUAUUGUUAUAGAUCACCUGUUGAGAGAGAAAAUAAUUAUUGUUGUUAUUUGCAUAACCAUAAAACAUAAAUAUAAGGCUUAUUCUACAAUGAAACAAUAUUUAAAAGGUUUAGUAUCGUGUUGUAUUGCACUGUUCUUAUUAUCCUUUUAAUUAAUUAGGGUGAUAUUUUUAAUUUUCACUUGCAGGCUUUGAUUAAACAGUAUC